AUGGCCCAGCAAAGCUCCCUGGCUGCGCCCGCGGAGAUUGUCGCUCCUGCGACGCCCGUCCGGCGUGCCACUCUGUCGCCUUCUCCAGACCUGAGUGCCAAGGCCAAAGGUCAAUCCUCGCAGUCUGACAAGAGCAAAUUCAUGUCACCGCCGCCGCUGUCUUCCUCCGACAUGACUCCUCCCCCUUCCACUCAGAUCCCCGGAGCACCUCUCCGCCAGUCUCGCUCUCACUCGCGCUCCCUGAGCCCUUCGCUGGUGACUCCAGCCGAUAUGGACAAGACUCUGUGCGAUGCCUACGGUGCCUCAGAGAAUCUUCCCAGUAUGGAAGAGAUCGAAAACGCCAGCGAGACCCAAUUGCGCACGAUUGCCAAGGAUCUUCUCACCGUCGCCCAGGAGGCUCGCAUGUCCGCGCUGCACUUCAAGCUGCAAAACAGCCUCGUCUCUUUUGCCAGUAGCGAAGCAGUCAAGCGCGCCGAGGUGGAGCACCAACUCGCUAAACGGGAAGUGGAAAUCCUGCAGAGCGCCCAGUACCGCAGCCGCUCCCGCCCCACCGAACCCAUCACGCCUAAACAGUCGCAGUCUGCUCCCGACGCGGACUACCUGGCGGCGAUCCAACGGUCCCAAGAACUCGAGGGUGUCAACGCUGUUCUGGACCGCAGGUUGCGGCAUGCAAAGAGAGCCAUUGACGAUGCAAACGCGAAGUCUAUGGAACUCACCGAGCAGAACGAGAUGCUGAAACGGCGCAUCGAAGACAACCGCAAGCACUUUUCCCAAAUCUUCAACUACGGCUCCCUGUCGCCCAGCAUGCAGAACGAGCUUCAGACCAUUUGCCGAGGCGAGAACCCUGAUCCUUUUGCUGCUCUUCUUUUCGCUGGCAAGAUCAUGAACGGCGAGCGCAAGUAUGUCAGCUCGCCUUCGGAUCGUGUUCCUGAGCACCAUCAAUCUUCUCUUCCCGUGACUCCCAAUCACCCUCGCUCCACUCCCCAGGGGCGCCACUACCGUACACCGAUGGGCCCCUCCCGUGAGACGCAUUAUGACAGCGACAGCACCGUCUCCCUCUCUGAGUCUGAAGAAGGCUUAGAGGCUCCGCAUCCACAAAUGCGUUCUAAUGCCCCGAAAACAAGCAGCCUGCUUCAAACGAGGUUGUUUGGCCAAGUGCAGAAGCCCGGCGUGGACCGUUACCAGUCCGGACAUGGCAAGCGCAAGGCCAGCUCUGAUGAGAAAGGAGCGGCCACGAAGAAAUCCAGGACGAACAACGGGGUGGGUCUGGGUAUUGAAACCUGA